AUGAAAAGAAUUUGUCUAGUAACUGGUGGAUCUGGUUUAUUAGGAAAUAGUCUACGAGAGGUGAUUAAAAGUGAAAAUGUCGAUUUCACAGAAAAUGAAAGUGAAAUAAUUAUAAAUUCAAAUGAUAACAAAAUAAUUAAAAAAUAUAUAUUUUUAAGUUCUAAUGUAUGUGAUUUAACAAAUUUCGAUGAUACUGAAAAUUUUUUAAAAAAAAAUGAAUUUACUGACAUAAUACAUUUUGCGGCACAUGUGGGUGGUCUAUACGCUAACAUAAAUAAUAAUUUGCAGUUUUUGGUUAAUAAUUUAGAGAUUAAUUUAAAUGUAAUUAAGCUGUGCCACAAGUAUUCGAUUACUAGAGGUAUAUUUACUUUAUCUACUUGUAUUUUUCCGGAAAAGUGUAAUUUACCUUUAAUUGAAGAGAAUAUGCACGAAGGACGAUGCCAUUUAAGUAAUGAAGGUUAUAGUGUAUCGAAAAGAGUUUUAGAAAUUUUGGUCAGGUUUUAUAGGGAAAAAUAUAACUAUGAAUGGAUAUGUAUAAUACCCACAAACAUAUAUGGUAAAUAUGAUAACUUUAAUUUGGAUAAUUCUCAUGUAAUUCCGUCUAUUAUCCAUAAAAUGUACUUAGCUAAAGAGAAUAACACAAACGUAAAACUUAUGGGUGAUGGAACAGCUGUCAGGCAAUUUAUUUAUAAUAGAGAUGUAAAUAAUAUAUUAUAUUAUAUCCUGAACACUAAUUAUUCAAAAAAUUUAACAAUUAUUAAAGAUAAUAUUUUUAAUAUUAUAUUAUCCACUAACAUUCCUUCGAAUGAAUUAACCGUUAAAGAAUUAGCUGACAAAAUUAAAUGUUACUUAGGAUUUAACAAUGAAAUAUUGUUUGACAAAACAAAAGACAAUGGAAUUCACAAGAAGACAUCAAGUAACGGAAAAUUAAUGAAAAUAUUAGACAAAUCCUUUUCAUUUACUGAUAUUAAUGAAGGUUUAAAAGAAACUAUUGAUUGGUUCAUUAGAGAAUACGAAAAUAUAAGAAAAUGA